CAAGCUGAAAUGGACAUCUUCGCUGACGCUCGGUCACUAAUGGAGCAGUGUUAUUUAACUCUUCUAUGUGCUUACUUAAUUGUACAAAAAAAAUGUUAUUACCAUGAAUAUUUGUCAAUAAUUUAUUACAAAAUAAAUGUCUGGAAAUUGUUGAAUAACUUACAAUAACAAAUACACGGUGUUUUUCAAAAACUCCGUUAACUUCGGCAUAUCGAUUUAUCGAUUAUUUGACAACUGGUCUGGCCAGGGUAGUGACCCUGCCUAUGAAGCCGAUGGUCCCAGGUUUGAAUCCCGGUAAGGGCAUUUAUUUGUGUGAUGUUUUCUAUGUAUAUACUCGUAAGUAUGCAUUUAUCUACAUACGUAUGUGUAUCGUCGCCCAGUACUAGUACAAGCUUUGCUUAGUUUAGGGUUAGAUCUGUGUAAGAUUGUCCCCACACAUUUAUUUAUUUAUAAAGCUAUGUACAGUCAGCUGCAAUGAAAGAAAAUAAAUUAUUGAAUAUCUUUAAAAUGGAGUUACUUAAUAUAGAAUACCUGUGUCCUUGAGGAAUUAACUUAAUACAAGCUCUGCCCGCGUAGCCAAAUCCAAUCUUUAACGCUCCGUAGCGAAUGAAACGCUACUGACACUGUCGCAUUAAUAUGGAAGAGUGAUAGAGAGAGAUGACUACGCUACGCCACAGAGCGUUAAUAUUAUGCAUGUUGGCUACGCGGAUAGGAAAAUAACUGAGUUUAAAAAAAACACGGUGUAUAUGUUUUGAACGCCUUUACGAACGUAAUUAGGGCUUGUUUUUUAAAUGAAUUAAUGGGCUGCAACAAUAGUGCAUUAUUGUUUGUGUACACAAGUGCAUAUAAUAUAGGUUAUAAAAGAGCGUAGAACCCUCGGAGCAGUUAAUAGAACACAACAAUGUGGAGGGCACUGUUUUUGGCGGCCUCCGUGGCCAUGUUUCAUGAGGCUCUCUCGAGCGUCGGUAAUGAGCCAACCACUUCGCCAACAACAGUAAACCUGAAGACGACGACAGAUCCUAGCUGCGGUUGCGGAGAAGUGCACCCACCUAAAUGUGGCAAGAAUGAAGUAUACGACAACUGUAAGGAUACUACUUGUCGGCCGACCAUGUGCUCUGAGCUCGGCUAUUCGCUGGAUUGCAAAAAAUGCAAACCGGGGUGCAAGUGCAAGAAUGGCUAUGUUCGCAACGACAAGGGCGUUUGUAUCCCUAUUAAUGAUUGUCCAUCAUGUGGCGGGGACAAAAACGCACAGUCCGGUUGUGGCAAUAAUUGCGGCAAAAUGUGUGGCGAUGGCAAGAAACCUGGGGCCUGUUCAAUGGCUUGUUGGCUAAAUGGUUGCGAUUGCAGAGAUGGGUUCCAGUAUGACACUCACCAGAGGAAAUGUGUCAAGAAAGAAGACUGCAGUGAGUUUAUUUAUCCUCACAAAAUUUAUUUUAUUAUUCAACAACUAUAUUAUAAAGGUUGUGGAAAAAACGGACCCUCACCAUUUAAUUACCACCAACAUGAUGUACUUGCACCAAUUUGUAAAGAUAACGAAGUAUAUUCCCCUUGUGCCAAUGGCGGAUGUGGAGCUAAAAACUGCAGCCAGAUCAACGAUCCUCACAUUUGCAUAGACCCUAUUUGCAUUAAAGGAUGCGUCUGCCAAGAUGGAUACUUGAGAAAUGAUUGUAGGGACUACAGCCCAAAAUCUCUUUUAAGUAUAAUGAGAGAAUAUAUAUAUUGUAUGUUAUUUUUUACAGAAAAUUGUCCUGGACAGAAUGAAUACUACGAGCCAUGCAUACAUGCGUGCGGAAGCCAGAACUGCUCGGACAGAGGCAAAAUCUACCACUGUCCCAUCAUAGUGCCGGGAAAGUGUGACUCAUCCGGGUGUCGUUGCAAGCCUGGCUACCUAAGGAAUGCUAAAGGAGUUUGCAUUUUAGAAAAGGAAUGCCCUCCACUUGAUUGCCCCUCUGGGGAAGUUUGGAGUAAGUGUCCUACCGUCCCAUGCGAAGGGGACAAAUGUCCUAAAACCAGAGACUCGCCACAAAGUUGUCCGACCGGAAUAGUCUGCAGUCCACCGCGAUGUGUGUGCGGCUACAACAGGAAAAGAGCUGAAAAUGGAACUUGUAUCCCAAUAUCUGACUGUCCACCGUUUAAAUGCGGUAAGAACGAAAUGUACCUCGCGUGCCCAUACAACUGCCCAGGGGAGAAAUGUAGCGACUACAUCAACCAACCGGAAUGUCCACUAUCCAAGAUCCGCAUAGUAAAUUGCAGGCCGGCGUGUAAAUGUAUAAAGGGCUACUACAGAGACGAGAAAGGAAACUGCAUUCCGGCUUGUGACUGCAUUCGUAAGUAUAACAAUAUGUCAAUCUAUGUAUUUCUUUUCAUUCAUAAUUUUGCUAGUACCAUACAAUACCUAACGAAGGUCGAUGACAUCGUAAAGUAUAAGAGAGUAAAGUCCGGACUCGUCCUGAGGGUCGCGAAGUUAGAAUCUCGACAAUCGUCCUUUAAAAUUUGUCUUUCCGUGUAUAUGCGUAUAUGUCAGGCUUUCCCUAUAGAGCCAAAAAAUACGGCUGGAUAUUCUUCAUAUUUGUUUUUUGGCCAACACCCGCCCAAAUGCGGCAAGAACGAGGUAUACGACAACUGCACUUCCACGAGUUGUAAGCCGACACUUUGCUCCGAGCUCGGCUACCCGUUGAACUGUGAUAAGAAAUGCAAGCCGGGAUGCAAAUGCAAGGAUGGUUAUGUUCGCAACGACAAGAGUAAUAUGUUUAUAAUUUUAGCAUGUGGUGGAGACGAGAACGCCCAGUCUGGAUGUGGCAUUAACUGUGGCAAAACAUGUGCUUCGAUUGGCCAAAAACCUCCUAUAGUUUGUCCACUGAUUUGUAAGCUCAACAGUUGCGAUUGCAGGGAUGGAUACUAUUAUGACCCUAACCAGAAAAAAUGCGUUAAGAAAGAGGACUGCACGCCGACCUGCAAUGAGAACGAAAUAUAUUCCUCUUGCAUAAAUGGCGGAUGUGGGCCUAAAAACUGCAAUCAGAUAAACCAGUCAAGCGCCUGCGUAGAUCCAAAAAUUUGCAAAAAGGGAUGCAUUUGUAGGGAGGGUUACUUGAGAGCCGACAAUGGAACUUGCAUACCAAAGAAUCAGUGCCCAAAAAAUUGUCCUGGACAGAAUGAAUACUACGAGCCAUGCAUACAUGCGUGCGGAAGCCAGAACUGCUCCGACAAAGGCAAGAUCUACCACUGUCCCAACAUAGUGCCGGGAAAGUGUGAGUCAUCCGGGUGUCGUUGCAAGCCUGGUUACCUAAGGGAUGCUAAAGGAUGCUUUUGUUACCUGUCCGUUUUUUUCUUAGCCCCGCCUGCCUGCCCCUCUGGAGAAGUUUGGAGUACGUGCCCCACCGUCCCAUGCGAAGGGGACAAAUGCCCUAAAACCAGAGACUCACCACAAAGUUGUCCGACCGGAAUAGUUUGCAGUCCACCACGAUGUGUGUGCGGCUACAACAGGAAAAGAGCUGAGAAUGGCACUUGUAUCUUAAUACCCGAUUGUCCACCGUUCAAAUGCGCUAAGAACGAAAUGUACGUAGCUUGCCCAUCAAACUGCCCAGGGGAGAAAUGUAGCGACUACAUCAAUCAAACGAAAUGUCCACCAUACAAGAUCGGAAUUAUAGUAAAUUGCAAGCCAGCAUGUAAAUGUAAAAAAGGCUACUACAGGGACGAGAAAGGAAACUGCAUUCCGGCUAGUGACUGUAUUCGUAAGUAUAACAAUAUCGUGGAGCGCGGGCUCCUGCUUCAGUUUCCGGCUUAUGAUAUGACGGCGGCUCCAUCUGUACUUACGCCCUACUGCAUCCUGCAGAAUAUAAGACCGGGAUUCCGCCGCUUUAUCAAUUAUUUUCGUGAAUCGCCAGAAUAUGAUAUGUAUAUUGAUUGUGUUUUUACAGAAAAUUGUCCUGGACAGAAUGAAUACUACGAGCCAUGCAUACAUGCGUGCGGAAGCCAGAACUGCUCCGACAAAGGCAAGAUCUACCACUGUCCCAACAUAGUGCCGGGAAAGUGUGACUCAUCCGGGUGUCGUUGCAAGCCUGGUUACCUAAGGGAUGCUAAAGGAGUUUGCAUUCCAGAAAAGGAAUGCCCCCCGCCUGCCUGCCCCUCUGGAGAAGUUUGGAGUACGUGCCCCACCGUCCCAUGCGAAGGGGACAAAUGUCCUAAAACCAGAGACUCACCACAAAGUUGUCCGACCGGAAUAGUUUGCAGUCCACCACGAUGUGUGUGCGGCUACAACAGGAAAAGAGCUGAGAAUGGCACUUGUAUCUUAAUACCCGAUUGUCCACCGUUCAAAUGCGCUAAGAACGAAAUGUACGUAGCUUGCCCAUCAAACUGCCCAGGGGAGAAAUGUAGCGACUACAUCAAUCAAACGAAAUGUCCACCAUACAAGAUCGGAAUUAUAGUAAAUUGCAAGCCAGCAUGUAAAUGUAAAAAAGGCUACUACAGGGACGAGAAAGGAAACUGCAUUCCGGCUAGUGACUGUAUUCAACACCCGCCCAAAUGCGGCAAGAACGAGGUAUACGACAACUGCUCUUCCACGACUUGUAAGCCGACACUUUGCUCCGAGCUCGGCUACCCGUUGAACUGUGAUAAGAAAUGCAAGCCGGGAUGCAAGUGCAAGGAUGGCUAUGUUCGCAACGACAAGGGUGUCUGUAUCCCUAUAAAUACCUGUCCGUCAUGUGGUGGAGACGAAAAUGCCCAGUCAGGAUGUGGCAUUAACUGUGGCAAAACAUGUGCUUCGAUUGGCCAAAAACCUCCUAUAAUUUGUCCACUGAUUUGUAAGCUCAACAGUUGCGAUUGCAGGGAUGGAUACUAUUAUGACCCUAACCAGAAAAAAUGCGUUAAGAAAGAGGACUGCACGCCGACCUGCAAAGAGAACGAAAUAUAUUCCACUUGCAUAAAUGGCGGAUGUGGGCCUAAAAACUGCAGUCAGAUAAACAAACCAAGCGCCUGCGUGCAUCCAAAAAUUUGCAUAAAGGGAUGCAUUUGUAAGGAGGGUUACUUGAGAGCCGACAAUGGAACUUGCAUACCAAAGGAUCAGUGCCCAAAAAAUUGUCCUGGACAGAAUGAAUACUACGAGCCAUGCAUACAUGCGUGCGGAAGCCAGAACUGCUCCGACAAAGUCAAGAUCUACCACUGUCCCAUCAUAGUGCCGGGAAAGUGUGACUCAUCCGGGUGUCGUUGCAAGCCUGGUUACCUAAGGGAUGCUAAAGGAGUUUGCAUUCCAGAAAAGGAAUGCCCCCCGCCUGCCUGCCCCUCUGGAGAAGUUUGGAGUACGUGCCCCACCGUCCCAUGCGAAGGGGACAAAUGUCCUAAAACCAGAGACUCACCACAAAGUUGUCCGACCGGAAUAGUUUGCAGUCCACCGCGAUGUGUGUGCGGCUACAACAGGAAAAGAGCUGAGAAUGGCACUUGUAUCUUAAUACCCGAUUGUCCACCGUUCAAAUGCGCUAAGAACGAAGUGUAUGUAGCUUGCCCAUCAAUCUGCCCAGGGGAGAAAUGUAGCGACUACAUCAACCAAACGAAAUGUCCACCAUACAAUAUCGACAUUUCAGUAAAUUGCAGGCCGGCAUGUAAAUGUAAGAAGGGCUACUACAGGGACGAGAAAGGAAACUGCAUUCUGGCUUGUGACUGUAUUCAACAUCCGCCCAAAUGCGGCAUGAACGAGGUAUACGACAACUGCACUUCCACGAGUUGUAAGCCGACACUUUGCUCCGAGCUCGGCUACCCGUUGAACUGUGAUAAGAAAUGCAAGCCGGGAUGCAAGUGCAAGGAUGGCUAUGUUCGCAACGACAAGGGUGUCUGUAUCCCUAUAAAUACCUGUCCGUCAUGUGGUGGAGACGAAAACGCCCAGUCAGGAUGUGGCAUUAACUGUGGCAAAACAUGCGCUUCGAUUGGCCAAAAACCUCCUAUAGUUUGUCCAAAGAUUUGUAAGCUCAACAGUUGCGAUUGCAGGGAUGGAUUCUAUUAUGACCCUAACCAGAAAAAAUGCGUUAAGAAAGAGGACUGCACGCCGACCUGCAAAGAGAACGAAAUAUAUUCCACUUGCAUAAAUGGUGGAUGUGGGCCAAAAUACUGCAGUCAGAUAAACCAGUCAAGCGCCUGCGUAGAUCCUAAAAUUUGCAAAAAGGGAUGCAUUUGUAAGGAGGGUUACUUGAGAGCCGACAAUGGAACUUGCAUACCAAAGGAUCGGUGCCCACCCCCACAUGACUGCCCCUAUGGGGAAGUUUGGGAUAAGUGCCCUACCGUCCCAUGCGAAGGGGACAAAUGUCCUAAAACCAGAGACUCGCCACAAAGUUGUCCGACCGGCAUAGUGUGCAGUCCACCGCGAUGCGUGUGCGGCUACAACAGGAAAAGAGCUGAGAAUGGCACCUGUAUCCCAAUACCAUAUUGUCCACCGUUUAAAUGCGGUAAGAACGAAAUGUAUGUAGCUUGCCCAUCAAACUGCCCGGGGGAGAAAUGUAGCGACUACAUCAACCAACCGAAAUGUCCACAAUACAUUAUCGGCGUUAUAGAAAAUUGCAAACCAACGUGUAAAUGCAUAAUGGGCUACUACAGGGACGAGAAAGGAAACUGCAUUCAGGCUUGUGACUGUCCAAAAAUAGCCACGAUUCGGCAGCACUCGGUGCCUGCAACCAGGAUGUGGAAGGUGCUGCUGUUCUUGGCCUGUGUGGUUGGUUCCGCCAUUGUCUUUUGCGAUGAGCUAACACCUACUUACAAAUGCGGCCCUAACCAAGUGUUCUCAAACUGCACGAACGGUGGCUGCGAGGCCCGCAACUGCAGUCAGGCUGGAAAACCCGUGCCUUGCGUGAAACUGGACCCCAAGAGCUGCAAGAAGGGAUGUGUCUGUGCAUCCGGCUACUUACGGGCAUCUAACGGGACCUGUAUCUUAAGGAACCAGUGCAACGAAGGUUGCGGAGACGAUCCAAACUCGCACCCUGGUUGUGGCAUCAACUGCGGAAGGACUUGCUCCACCUACGAGGAAAAAGAUGUAGCCUGCAUUCUCGUUUGCUACGACAACGGAUGCGACUGCAACGUUGGCUACGUUUACGAUGAUAACGUCAAGAAAUGCGUUUUACCGAAAUAUUGCACGCCAACAUGUGGCCUAAACGAAGUAUAUUCGACAUGUACCAAUGGCGGAUGCUCGCGUAGGAACUGCAGCCAACUGGGCAAGCCUCAAAUCUGCAUCGAUAGAACACCCGAGUCAUGCAUCAAAGGAUGUGUCUGCGCCGAUGGUUAUUUGCGUAAUGCCAAUGGAACUUGCGUUCUUGAAAACCAGUGUCCUCAAACCGGAUGCGGUGGCGAUCCAAACGCACAGCCCGGUUGUGGUAUAAACUGCGGACGGAGGUGUUCUGACUACAAGGUCAAGAAUAAACAACUUCUCUGCCCGCGCUUACAAUGCAAACCUGACAAAUGCGACUGCAAGGACGGUUUUGUAUUUGACGACAAUCUUAAGAAAUGCGUCGUGCCAGAGCAAUGCACACCGAUUUGCGGACUUAACGAAAAAUUCGACUCAUGCGUUAACGGGGGAUGUGGUCACAGAAACUGCAGCCAAGUUGGAACGCCACAAUUCUGCAUAGACAGGACUGCUGAGUCUUGCAUCAAGGGCUGUGUCUGCUCCGACGGUUUCCUACGAGCAGUUAACGGAACUUGCAUUCCUCAAGACCAAUGUCCAGCUUCUUCAGGAUGUGGUGGCGAUAUAAACGCCCAUUCGGGUUGCGGCGUCAACUGCGGAAAAACUUGUAAAACUUAUCAGACCAAGAAUCCAAUCUGCCCUUUGAUCUGCAAGGUUGGCGGUUGCGACUGCAAUGAUGGAUAUGUGUAUGACGACAAUGUUGGCAGAUGCGUGUUCCCUGAUAACUGCACACCAGAAACCGAUGAACGCUGCCCUGGACAAAACGAGUAUUACAACACCUGCAUCAGUGGCUGCUCCAGCCAGAGCUGCAAUGACAUCGGCAAGGUCAUCCACUGCCCGAUCCAACCAGCUGUAUGUAGAGAAGGAUGUCGGUGUAAAGCAGGCUAUUGGAGAAAUACUGACAAUGUCUGUGUGCCGGAAAGCGAGUGUUCAAUAUCAAGCAACCAAUGUACGGGUCAAAAUGAAUUCUUCGACACAUGUAUCAGUGGUUGCUCGAAUCAGACCUGCGAUUCUAUUGGCAAAGUCAUCAACUGUCCAAUUCAACCAGCGGUAUGCAGGACUGGAUGUCGGUGCAAACCAGGCUUCUACAGGAAUGCUAGCAAUGUGUGCGUGGCGGAAAGUCGAUGUCGACUCGUUGUCUCGACCACCAGCACUCCAGUGAUCAUAGUAACACCUACCACUGCAAAGCCAACUACAACUGCGAAGCCAACUACCGGUUCUAGUGGCAGCGAUGACGUAGCUAGCCUACAAACUGGUGUCACUAUAUUUAAUGGAAAAUUCCUUUAUGAGCGAUUGAAAGCUGAGCCGGGAAAGAAUCUAAUUACAUCGCCAUAUUCGGUGGUAACGCCUCUAGUCCAACUGUUGCUGUACACCACUGGAGACUCCCUUAAAGAACUUACGACAGUACUCAAUGUUUCCAGCAAAGAACAGAUCCGUUCUGCAUUCCCCGAAUUUGUCUCCUCCUUUGAAGGCCAAACCAGUGUCAACUUCUCCGCAGCCGCCAAAGUAUACUCAGAUCAGAAAUACCCAUUGAGUGACGGUUUUAAGAAAGACUCUGUCGACGUUGUACAUGCCAAUGCUCAAGAACUUGACUUUAGUAAGAAUACUGAAGCUGCGAAUACUAUCAACUCAUGGGUCGAAAGCCAAACCAACAAUCGUAUUCAUGAUUUGAUCCAGCCUUCUGAUCUGUCUUCAUUAACACGUCUUGUGUUGAUCAACGCUAUUUACUUUAAGGGUGAAUGGCAUUACGCAUUCAACAAAUACAACACCAUCAAGGACGCUGAUUUCUACGUAAGUGAUGGAACGACUAAAAAGACCAAUCUGAUGUACCAAGAGGGAAAAUUCAACUAUGGAGCAGUUCCUGAACUCAACUGCACGGUCCUUCAAAUGUUCUACAAAGGCGAUAAUUUUAGCAUGGUGGUAGUCUUGCCAAACGAGAAAGAUGGCCUUUUGCAAGUCGCUAAGAACUUGCAACUCAAGCCAAACUUCGAUAAAAUCAUGGGAAGCUUGAGCCCUCUGAAAGUAAAGGUGUACCUGCCACCAUUUACUAUUGAAACAACAACCGAUCUUUCUGAUAUCCUUAAAAAGCUGGGCGUUACCAAGAUAUUCGACACUAAGGACUCCGGACUGUCAGGCUUAUUAAAGACCCCAGAGGACACAUAUGUGUCGAAGGCCAUUCAGAAGGCGUUCAUUGAAGUCAACGAGGAAGGAUCUGAGGCUGCUGCUGCUAACGCCAUAGUCGUCGCAGCGACAUCUGCGGUCAUCGAUCCAAUUCCCCCCAAAGAAAUAAUAUUCAGAUGUGAUCAUAGCUUCUUAUACUACAUUGUUCUUAACGGAAACGUCCUCUUCGCUGGAUCGGUCGUAGACAUCAACUAGUGGUUGUUUAAACAUAUAUAAUAUUUUUCACCACACCAACUGGUAAAGGCCCUCUUGAUUGUUCAAAAACUAAUGAGAAAGUUGCAUUUUAUCCACAUGGGGCAAAGUAAUCAGAUACAAAUUUUGAGUUGUAUCCUUAUGUUAGCUAGUAGAAUUGAUUUUCAAAUGAUGAUUUUGAAUGAUAAUUUUAUUAUUACAUUCAUUUGGAUUUGAUUUAAUUUGAAUAUUUUGGUAUUUUAUAGUUAAUAGUUUCUUCGCGUUGGUGUGGUGAAAAAUUUUGUGUUUCACUCGGAGGCAAAGUUUGUUUAACCCUCGUGCCUUGAAACCCUCGCAACGCUCAAGAUUCCAUUUCUGGAACCACUCGCUAUGCUCGUGGUUCAAUUUUGAAAUCUUUCGCUUGGUCGGGUAUCAAUAUUAGCACGAGCGGUUAAACAACAACUUUGCCCCCUUGUAAAACAAAUAACUAUUGUUUUAUAGUAAAUAAAAUGUACAAUAUCGGUAACAAGAUUUUUGUACAGCUUGAUGAAUGUGAUUUUGUGUUUUCUUAGCGUAAUGAAGGUUACAAAUAAAAGUGUUUUCAUUUUCCAACAACUUAAUAAGUGUUUUCAUUCCAUAGUAUACGGCUACGAGUAUUGUGAGUUUGCUGCGAUGAUGAUUCAACGAAGUUUUUUUUUUUUUUUUAAGUUUGCCGUCGUCUAGAUCACAGGGCCACUAGUGUAUCUUAUCUUUGGGGUAACCUACACAGAUUGAACUAGUAACUAAACAAAGUUUAUAACUAUAGGUCUUAGGCGACUAUAUACAUAAUCAUUUAUAUGGCACUUACUUAAAUAUGUACGUACAUACUCGUACAAUAGAACACAUCACUCACGCGGGAAAAAAUGUAAAUACUCAUCACAUCACACAAAUUCCACAGGACCAAUAGUUAA